AUGGAUGACCUGGAGUUUGGACCCAGGGCACAUGAAGCUGUGUUGAUCCCAGGAACCAAGAAGGAACUUGAAAAUGCCCAUUUAAAUGGAUCACAGUUUGAACGCGCCGCCGCCGCCGCACCCGGGCCCGGGCCCGUGUCCGCGCUGCUCCGCGACCUCUCCGCGCUCAAGGCCGCCGUCAUCGCCGCCUGCGCCCUCAGCGCCGCCCUCGUCGCCUGCCUGCUGCUGCGCCUCUGCAGGUCUGGCAAGAGGAUUAGGAAGACCCGGAAGUAUGACAUCAUCACGACUCCGGCUGAGCGGGUAGAAAUGGCUCCUCUGAAUGAGGACGAGGACGAUGACGAGGACUCCACGGUGUUUGAUGUGAAAUACAGGUAAAGCUGUUUUACGGCGUGACGGUGCCCUGGGAGAAGUCCGCUUGCUGUCAAGAGACCUGCCAAAGCCUUCACCAGGACGUGGGGAGGCGUUAAUCUCCGCAGCACCAAAACCAGCCUCGUCCCCUCCAUGCCAGCGAUUGUGCCACGUGCAGCAGCAGGCCGUUAAACUUCUGCCUAAAAAAUGGCCUUUCGGCUCCCAGCUUUCAGACUCCCAUGUAAGAACGACCCACAUUCGUCCUGCCAGGCUCUGCUCUCUCUCUUGAAGGUGUGGGGCUAAAGAAUGAAGGAUGGAUGCAGCGCUGCACAGCCGUUUCUCAGCUCAAAAUGUAUUGCGUAAAAUGGGAAAAGGAAACCAAAAGUCAGCUCAGUGGGCCCUGGGGACUUAUUUCCCUCGAAGCAAAUCAGAUAAACACUUUGGUCUUUGUUCGAUAGAUCAGAUGUUUAAAAGACUUGGAGUUGGAUUGUUCUGAGCCACACAAAUGACUUGCCCAUCAGAAGAAGGCUAGUGACAAAACCCAAAGCCAUACCAAAAUGUGACUGUCCGUCUGUGGUGUUGGGUGUGCGUGUUUUGUGUGUUUUUUUUGACUGAUGUAGAAAAUUGUGAUGACUUGCUACUGAUUUUAUCAAUUGCACUAAGCCCUUUUCUAGUGAUGUAUUCCUCAUUGAGAGGAGACCAGGGCAGCAGAAAAAAAUAAGGCAAGCCCUGUCACUACAAGAAUCUUGGAUUAGAGAAAGUAUAUCUAUAUUUUUUUAUAAUUAUCUGCCCUUCCACAGAAAGGCAGUAUGGUUUGUGCUGUCCUGUGUUCUCUGACCACUAACUCAUCUGCUUAUCCUAUAUUUUAAACUAACCUUUUUAUAUAACAUCUGAUGAUGUGCAGCUGUUAAAUUGCAGGAAAAGAACACUACAUCUUUUAUUUUUCCCUUGCAAAGAAAUUUCUCUGCACCAAAAACUGGAAUUUUUCCCCUGACUACUUAGCAGACAGAUCCUGUUUGACCUGAACACAUUUCCCCUCUCCCCUUACCUCCAACAUGCUUCAGUUUGCAGAGGUCAGAGCUUUGGGACAGUGCUUUAGAAAUGUUAGAUUAUUGGUAAUCCAGGUGAAUUAAGCUCCCUAGCCCACACGUUUUACGCACAGAUUCUGGGCCGUUCUCUGCAAGUGAGGAUUUCAGGGUUAUUAGCUUGGUUUCUCUGUUUCAUGGUCUUUCUGAAAAAUAGCCACGCAGUUCAGUUUUGAUUGAUGGACUCUUCUGGGUUACUCUGUCACACCUCUACUUGGUGAGGUUAAUCCAUCUAGAGCCCUGCCUGUCCUGAUGAUAUCAAAUUCACUUCUGAUUCUUGGGAAGGCACCAUCAUUUUGCUCAACACCAACUCCGCAGCUUGAGCUGGGAUUGAGAAAGUCUCUUGCAAAGUCCCCUCACUGAGGUGAUGUUUUUCAGUUUUUUGAAGGUUUCUUGUAAUCCUGCAUUCAGGUACUGUUGAUACGAUUCAGCUGCUUUGUCACGACAUGUCCGUUCUUAACUGUCCCAGCCCUUGUGCUCUUACCCCACACCGCUUUGGUUCCUUGCAAAAAUGCCUGCGUCUUGCAAGACCUCCCUGCAUUGAUGCAAGCGAAGCUGUAGCCGGCAUUUAGCAAACUUAAAUCGCAUUUUGGCAUCUCUUUUGCUCCUUGGUGUACCUGGCCUUGACAUUCUACAUUUCUUCCCACUUAUCACUAAUUUUUUGUGUAGACAGUUAGAACAAUGGCACCAUAAAACAUGUUGUGUUACAGAUAUGCUCCAUGCAUGUCCAACUUCAUGCUUGCCUUAUGGGCCUGUGCAUUUUAAUUCCUCUUGGCUGGCCAGAGCCUGCACACCUGUGGAAGAGCAAGCUGGGCCCCAGGGCGCCUGCUGCGUUCUCAGCUCAUGCUCCAGUUGUGUGCAGCCUCCACACAAGCUGUUUCCAGCUGGGUUUUCAGAUCCUGGAGGAAGCCUGACAGCAAAGGAAAACUUCUGUUUGGACCUGGCAAAAUAAAAAGCCACAAGGAACCUUCUGAAGCAAUUUUUGCUGUCACUUUUCAGACUGUUCCUGUGGUUUUAAAGUGAUCAUUUGCAAACAGGAGCAGAAUUCUAUUCUGUACAGAGCAGAGAAAGGAGUUGAAGGCCCAUGGAAGUAAGCAAAAGGUGACGAACGGAAGUUUGCAGCACUGUUGACUUCCAUCCGAUCCCUUACACAACACAAUAUAUGCCAAACGGAUAUUCAGGCAAGGCUUCCCAGCUGGCUGCACAGUGGAAAAAUCCCAUAGCAGAGCUCUGAGUAGCACAUUAGCCAUCAAGGCUAUAUAAAGGUCCUAUAUUUAUCCUUUCAUUUGUGGAAUGAAUUACAGUCAUUCCAUGGAGCUGGGAUUGAGCAAGACUUAAUGUGUCGGCCAAGAAGGAAAUGGUUAGGGCAGCACCGAGCAGGUGGAGUUAGAAAUAGUGGGAACCGGACAGGGCCAGCGGCUUGGAUGAGAUGCUUGGGUGGAAGCUCACAACCAAAGAGCUCAUCCCGGUUCUGCUGAAGGAAAGAGUAAGAACAAGUUAAGCUGACUUGCUCUUUCCAAGGGCCGGUGACCUUGCCCAAGUUGACAGGAAUCUUUUCAUUGACUUCAGUUGCAUCCGUCAGGUCCUAAGACUUCUGAGUUUAAGCCUGUGGCUUGGAACCACUUUGUCCUAUUGUCCUCAGGCAAACCUCUGGAUGAGGAGCACAUGCUUUGAAGUUACCCAAGGUAGAUUUUCAAAGGCACCCGAGAUAAGGGCAGUUCAACCCCUGUUGGCUCUUUGCAAAAAUCCCAAGCUAUGAGCAUAAGCUAAUGGGUGUUAGGAGGAAAGCAGCAGCUGCGAAAUGAAAGGAAGUGCAACAGCUUCACCAAGCAGUUUUCAUCAAGAAAAUUAACCCAAAUGCUUGUGUUGAUGCUAAUUUUUUUUUUUUUUUUUUUUUUUUUCAAACAUGAGACAAUGCUUACCUCUCUGCAAAGGUUGCUGUCUGUGACUUAACGUGGUUGACUAUAAUUUAUAGCUUUACUUAGUUUAAAAGUCUAAGAGCACUCAAUGUGACUAAUAUGUAUAUUAUAUUUGAUUUUUUUUAUUGUAAUUUAGUUAAGACAUAAUUGACUUGGAUUGUGUAACAAGUGAUUUUAAGGUUCUGGUUGAAGGAACAGCUAUGAACCACUACAUGUUAAGAGUAAAAUGUACACGUUGUACCUGUAUUACACUGCAGAGAGAGUCUGGCAGUGACUAUUGUGUCUCAAGGUUUGCUGCUAUUUGCAAUACAUAGUCUCAGCAUUUGCUUUGUUAACAAAUACUUUCAAAGGCAUAUUCUAUUAGUUGCAGCAGAUGAAAACACUAUUGUAAGCUAUUCAUGUGUAACUCAGCAUACUGCUUCCAGGGUCCAUGUCAAAUGCUUUUUAAUCCAACCAACAUAGCAAGCGAGUCUCAGGUUUUUCUAUAACCCUACCCGUGAAACUUGAAGCCUCUUUGCUCUGACCCCUGUCCCGUUUGGGUAAGCUCAGUUUGAGAAACUGGAAGAUAUCUCUGGUAGAACUCUGUCUAGCUUGCUGAGACCAGGGACACGUUGCUGUCUUCUGCCAUAAGAUAGGUUUUCCCAGCAAAAUGUGGAAAUGGCUGCAGACACUGGUUCAGAACGCAAACUUGUCAAAAACUCAAAAUUUACUGUGUGCAGACUGACAUGCACAUAAGUGAGCACACAAGUAUGGUAGUAUUUGGAUGUUCAAUUCAUUGCAAGUGCCCCUUCAUAGUCACUGUAGACAAUGGGAUGCUGGCAGUGGAGACUGGAUUUAAUUUUGUUCUUUUUUUAAAAUUUUUAGAUGAGUUUCUGCCACUGUAAUUAUUGCUUGAGGAUCUGUAAGGACCAUACGUCCCUGUUUGUGCAGUUGCCAGGUCAUUGUUAAAAAUGUGUAUUAGAAUUUGUCAUUGCAACGAAAGCUUCCUUUUCUUUCCUUUUUUUAAAUGGCAGUGCAACUCUCAACGGACAUUUCAUGUGUCAGUAAGAACCGUUAACAUUAAACGUUUUGGUAACGGC